AUGGAGGAGAAUGACCCCAAGCCCAGCGAAGCUGCGGCGGCUGUGGAGGGGCAGCAGCGGCAGCCGGAAUCCAGCCCCGGCGGCGGCGGCGGCGGCGGCGGCGGCGGCAGCAGCAGCAGCAGCAGUAGCAGCAGCAGCAGCAGCAGCCCGGGCGAUGCGGACACUGGCCGCCGGCGGGCUCUGAUGCUGCCCGCGGUCCUGCAGGCGCCGGGCAACCACCAGCAUCCACACCGCAUCACCAACUUCUUCAUCGACAAUAUCCUGCGGCCCGAGUUUGGCCGGAGAAAGGACGCGGGGACGUGCUGUGCCGGCGCCGGAGGAGGCAGAAGCGGCGGAGCUGGCGGCGAAGGCGGCGCGGGCGGCGCGGAGGGAGGCGGCGGCGCGGGCGGCGCCGAGCAGCUCCUGGGAUCCGGCCGGGAACCCCGGCAGAACGUGCUCGGCGCGCCCGGUGCCGACGGGCCGCUGCCCGGCGGUGGCGGUGGCGACUCCCCCGGUGACGGCGAAGGCGGCUCCAAGGCGCUGUCGCUGCACAGUGGCGCCAAGAAAGGCGGAGAGCCGGGGGUGCCCCUGGACGGGGCGCUCAAGGCCCGCGGCUUGGGCGGCGGCGACCUGUCGGUGAGCUCAGACUCGGACAGUUCGCAGGCCAGCGCCAACCUGGGCACGCAGCCCAUGCUCUGGCCGGCUUGGGUCUACUGCACGCGCUACUCGGACCGGCCUUCUUCAGGUCCCAGGUCCCGAAAACCAAAGAAGAAGAACCCCAACAAAGAGGACAAGCGGCCCCGCACAGCUUUCACAGCGGAGCAGCUGCAGAGGCUCAAGGCGGAGUUCCAGACCAACAGGUACCUGACGGAGCAGCGGCGCCAGAGCCUGGCACAGGAGCUCAGCCUCAACGAGUCGCAGAUCAAGAUCUGGUUCCAGAACAAACGCGCCAAGAUCAAGAAGGCCACGGGCAACAAGAACACGCUGGCCGUGCACCUCAUGGCGCAGGGCCUGUACAACCACUCCACCACCGCCAAGGAGGGCAAGUCGGACAGCGAGUAG